AUGAAUCUGACUCUCACUCUCAUCGCCCUGAUUGGACUGGCCGCCGCCAAUCCCAGACCCCAGCUUCCAACUCCCGACACGCCUCCUCCGCCUCUCUCCUCCCACGCUCCUCCAGAAACCGAAGACGAUCCUAAACCUCCUCCUACGACUUCAACUACCACCACGACGGCCAAGGGCGCUCCGCCUCCGGAUCCGACCGAGGCGCCGCCCACACCAGAUGAGGCCAUCUGCGAAUGCGGCUACACGUAUUGCGCGUCUGUACUGAUGGGCAUGAAAAAGCCGUGGUCUCAGAAACAACUCGCCGAGGCAUACUGCAACACGCCCAACGCCAGCUGCGACAACCAUGUGCCGUCCACCAACGUCACGUCUGCCCUCUACAUUUGCCUCUGCAACGAUCCUGACCAAGAAGUCGGCGCGCAUCUGGACCUUGUUUGCGGGUGUGACAAGUGCCUGAACAUUGGGCCUGACUUCCGCGGCCGCUGCGAGACUCCGUGCCACGCCGGGAACUGCCAGGUACAGCUGCAGCUGCAGUGA